AUGCGUUUCUUGUUGCUGCUGUUGCCCCCAUUGGCCACUCGUGCAAGUGCAGUACCUGCAGACUGUGACAUUGAAGGCGUCCAGCUCGACCAUGGCGGUCUCAAGUAUAUCUUCGGCCAGGCCCAUGAUCCCGGGAGCAUCUACGCUCGGUGCAACAAUGGACUAGCGACCUGCUUCGAAGACCGUGGACUAGUGGAUGCACCGCACUGGAUCAACAGUAACGAAGUCGACUGCGCGCACGUGCAUGAGCGCAGACGACUGGGAGUGGCCGUGAUGCUGAGAGAAGAUAUCUGGCCCGACCACAUUGUGUGGUACCGCAUAAACGGCUCGUUCUCUGACCACGAGCUCGAGGUCAUCAAUGCCGCUGUGGACCUCUACAGCAAAGCAGAAGUGAACGUGACGUUGCAAGAGUGUGAUCCAGUGUCCAAGUGCAACGGCAAAUACGUGAGCAUUGAGCAGAACGAGGACGCGUGUUAUGGCUUGGUGGGGUACGUGAACGACGGCAAGCCGCAGAUCAUGAACCUCGGUGAGAGCUGCUUUGCUGGCGGGAUCGGCAAUGUCGUGCACGAGAUUGGCCACGCGAUGGGCCUGUACCAUGAACACACGCACUGGAACCGCGAGGUGAUUGUGCUCACGGACCAGAACUUGCCUGUGUCAGCGGAAAACUACGCCAAGAAGACGAGUCGCGAAGCUAUCCUCAAGCCGUACGACCCAAAGUCCAUCAUGCACUAUGGUCGCAGCGCUGGUCUAUGCUUUCCGAAACCGCAAUACCCGCUUCAAUCGUUCUGUGACAUCGAGACGGUCAAGAACUGCGUGCAGCCGGUUGAGCAGCACUGUGAUUCCAGUCGAGAUUCCGAAAUCGGAACACGGGCGGUGCUUAGUGCUGGCGACAUCCUCACUCUUCGCGCCCUCUACGGCGCCAUCGACGAUACAAAGGUGCGGGACGUGCGGAUUCCAACCUUAGCAUCACUUGACGAUGACGGUGUUGGAGCUCCAGUUUCCAUCGCUGAUAUGGUCAAGCCCAAGCCGAAGUCGACUUCCAGCUCAACUGAAGCACGGUCUUUAGACGAUUAUAUUCCAGGAGCAGUGAUUGCCAACAAAAGCGGCACACGUUAA